AUGACAACCGUGGACGAGCUUCGCAAGGCUGGCGCUCAGAAGAAGGGUAUCUUAGUAUACAUUCGGGAGAACUCGGUUGGUGACUAUGAGGCCCGUGUGGGCAAACGAGAGACCCGCGUGCACAACGAGUCCGCUAAAGUCAAAGGGGCGCCCCAAGCAAAACCUAAAGCUGUCAAGGCCAAACGGAAGCUAAUAACGACGCUGGUACAAGACGACAUGGAGAUGACCAGUAAAAAGAUGAAUCUCGCGAGAAACUGGAUUAGCGACGAGAUGCAACUGGUCGUGGAAAAAUUGUUUUCCUCAGAUCACAGUAUUGUCAUGUUUGACUCAGCCACGCUUGGCGUUGAAGUGGAUGAAUCAGUAUCUACCAGCUCCGCGACUAUUCAAGCGAAGCUGUCAAGCUUAUCCAACGAGAAGGUUUUUAUCCCAGUAAAUUGUGCACACAACCAUUGGUGCUCCAUUACGCUGAACCUGGCUGAUAAGCAAGCCUACAUCUACGAUAGCAACGCAUCGUCGUAUCUUGUUAGCGUUCGAUCCGUGGCUCAGAAAAUAAUAGCGCUUCUUCCGGGGACUGUUGGACAUGGCAUUCGUGUGCGCAAUUUCGAAUCGGGACUAGGAGUCCAGACAGACAACUACAACUGCGGUAUUUACGUUCUUAUUGCGUUCGAAAACUUUUGUGGUGCCGAUCAAGUCGGGCUUCUCGACAAGAAGACGUUGCAAUGCAUGAGAUACCGCUACCUGCGCUUAUGUUUCUAG